AUGGCUGGUGUUGUGUACCCCAAGCAGUCCCCUGUGGAUUUAGACAUAUACCAAAGCUCCUACAUGGUUGACUACAAACCCUAUGGAAAGCACAAAUACUUGAGGAUUACCCCAGAAGAGCAAGCAAAGCUGGACAUCCAACUCCGGGCCAAAGAGUUUUAUCGGCCCGUUCUCAGCUCUAAGCCCAAGCUAGAAAAUGGAUUCCCCGCUCUCAAAAGACUCCACAUGACCGCCAAAGACCUGGGAACGCCUGGCUUUUUCUCACCCCAGGACCGUGUAACUGCAGCACAGGACAACUGCUCCUUCACCAGCAUCUACCCUUCUGUGUACCCAGUUUCCCGCGCUCUGUAUCUGGCCCACGGGGAACCGGUCUGGGUCCACCAGGUGGCCGACUUUCCUUCCCUCCUGGAGCCAGAGCGCCAGCCUGCGCCAGAGGUUGGCAAAGGCUACUUCCUACUGCCUGGCUACCUGUGUCCUCAUCGCCAUACUAUCAAGUUUCCCAUCUUGAACAGAUGGGGACCCCUGAUGCCGUUUUACCAGUAG